CAGAGCCUCGCUGCAUGGCCAGUAGCUUGUGGCCAGUUGUUUUCUAGCCCGAGUUAAAUGAAGAUGGGGAAACUUCAAGUGCAGAGAAAGCAGCCAUGAGGACUGCCCUGGUCUUUGCCUGCCUGGUGGGGAUGGCGUGCGCCUUCUCGGUCAAGAGCUGGCUGCGGCAAUCCAAGUCAGAUGACUCGGAAGAAAAUGCGGUGUUCAAGAACAGGCACCGGUAUUACCUGUACAGAUACGCUUACGUGCAUCCCUUGCAGCGACGGUACCAGGGCAGUGACUCAUCAGAGGAAGAGGGGGAUGGCUCGGAGGAGGAGGAAGAGGGGGAGCCAUCCCGCGCUGGCACCGAGGCAGCUGGCCACCCCGCUGGAGCAGCCCCUGGGGACAGCCGGGGUGGGCUGGGAGGAGAAGUUGCAUCCCCUCAGCAGGGCAAGGGCUGCCAAGGGCCCCUGAAGGGGGGCAGGAACAGCGCUGCCGGCAAGGGGGGCGACUCUGAAAAUGAAGACAGUGAUGAGAAUGAGGAGGAGGAGGAGGAGGAAGAGGAGGUUUCUGAGAAUGAGAAUAGCAUCAAUGGCACAAGCACUAACACCACCAAGGGGGAAGAUGGACCUCACGGCAAUGGCACUGCGGUGGCUGAGGAGGGCACUGGCAUGGCUGAGGAGGAGGAAGAAGAGGAGGAAGAAGAAGAAGAAGAGGAAGAGGAGGAGGAGGAGGAGGAGGAAUCCGAAGCCACCACCAUUGCCAGCACCACCGGUGAAGAGGGGCUGUCCCAGGCGACCACCACAGGAGAUGGGGGACCCACGGACGCCACCACAGCCGGGGAGCAGUGGGAGUAUGAAGUGACAGCUGGGGGCCACGGCCGGGGGGAUGAGGGCACCACCGAUGGCAGCUACAGGGAGCAGGAUGAGUACGCCCGCGGGGACAGCUACCGGGCCUAUGAGGAUGAGUAUGGCUACUACAAGGGGCAUGGCUAUGAUGUGUAUGGCCAGGAUUACUACUACAGCCAGUGAGCGGACGGGGGGGCGGCCCUGGUGCUACCCCCCGCCUGCCCCAUCCCACUCAGGAACGUGCUUCCAAAGGCUCACUGCAGCUGCCAUGCUUGGGGUGCACGCUGGCUCCGUCCCAGGCUUUUUUUUGUAUCUCGCAAAGCGGAAUGAAAUAAAGCAA